AAUGGUAUCUCGUAAAACAGCUUAUUAAGUCGCAGAAGGAGAAGGCGAAAUGGCAUGUUAGCCAAUAGGAAGUAAAUUCUUGUUGGGAAGGCUUCUACCGGAGAAGCAGUAUUUCGUAGAGGAAGCAUAAAACUAAGAAUCGACCAAUGGCGUCGUGUUUCGUGUUCUUCUUCGAGGGUUGAAAGAGGGUAGUCGAAGUAGGGUUGCAGAAAAUGUACUAUCUCGCUUUUUCGAUCCCUUACUCGUUUCUUCAGUAAUGGCAAAUAUUCCGUAGCCGAUAUUAUAUGCUUCUGCACGGCUUCCAUUAAACGUUAAGAUCCCCUAAAUUAAUCUCGUAAAGAGAAAAAGAAAAAAAAAAAAAAAAGGAAGUUAGGCGAACAGAGAAGAUUGCUUCUGUAUUCUGAUCGGACACACGAUGAUCGAACGGAUCGCGAAGAAAUUUAUUGCUUCUAUCUCAUCUCGAGUAUCUACGAAUGCAAAUUCAUAUUUCUACGUUUAAAAUAUUGUAGAAAUAUGGCUCGCACAAUGCAAUGGUGGACGAGAACGGUUUUGAUCGAAAGGAAUUCGAAUAUUUAUCAUUAAGAUUAAAUCCUUUAGAAUGUUUUCGACUUAUAAACAUAAUGAGCGCUUCGAUGAAAUAUAUUCCUGAGAUGCGGACGACGAGGAUUCUACGGGAAUAUUUCAACAACGAUGGAAUCACAAAACGGGAUUGUCUGAUCAGACUUGAAAAUUGGAACAAUAAUUAUCUAGGUGCUAAUACGGAGGAGAAAAUUCUAAUCGCGAGAUGAUGGAUGUGACCUUGAGAAUGUUAGGAAGACCUGAUCUAGCGAAAUAUAUAAGAAGAAAUAAAAAUGUCAAAUCUUUCGAUCCUAUCGUCAACGAUGAACUGUCCAAGGGACAAUCGCAUUCAAUUUCAAAACGAAAUUUAUAUAAAAAUAUGGAAGAAGAAUUCGUUGGUAAGGAGAAGGAAAAAAAUGAAAAAGUAAAAAAUAAUUGCACAAAUCAGGUUCAUGAAAAUCAGCACACUGUGUCUUCAACUGAAGGAAAAAAGACAUCUCAAGAAAAACCAUCCAAUGAUUGGAAACGUACAAAACUGAUGGGGGCAAAACCGAUCCAUCUCGAAGAAAAAGGAAAAUUGAGUGGUUGCACGUGUAAUUGCUCAGAUAUGGAUAUUGAAAGCGGAUCGUUAGAGCAAUGUUCUUCAAAAUAUCACAGAAGUCGUAGAAAUGAUCAAGAAAAAUCUCGAAUACUUUCGAAAAAACGAAAGAAAGAAAAACCAAGGGACGUAUGUGUUAAGAAAUAUCCCGAUACAUAUGUUAAGAAAAAUUUGAAAGUUAACGAGAAAAGAAAAAAGCAUAAAACUAAAAGAAAAUCAUUAAGAACGAAAGAUUUGGAUGAAGGAAAAUCGGAUAGAAAGAGAAUUCGUUUAAAUAUGGCCCAUGAUUUUAAAAGUUAUCCAAUUUGCGAUUGUUGCAAAUGUAUUGCCGAUUACAAAUGACGAUAUUUUCAAAGUAUGAUGUUUGAAAGUUUAACAAAAGCAAGAAACAAGAAGCAUUUUGUGAUAAAUGGAUAACAGAUUGCAAAUGUUGGAUUAUUGAAUGAAAAUGAUUUUUAUAUAUGACAUCUGAUUUAAAAUAUCGAAUUAAUUUCGAAAAAAAAGAACCAUUAUUUUUUUUAAAUGAAUAGACAUAUAUACCAUUGUUGAAACUGAUAUAAUAAAUAUCAUGAUAAGUAAAUAUAUGUAUAUAUAUAUAUGUUUUUUUUUUUUUUAAAUAAGAAAAGCUUUUGGAAAACCAACUAUUUUGACUUUAUUAGAUUGUUUUACCGUAGUGCUUUUGAAAUGGGAGCUUCAAAGUAAACAAAUAUCCUACAAUAUCAAUUUUUCUCGCGAGCGAUGAUAGUGAUGAAGUCUUAUGAUUUUUAUUAUUCCUUAUACUUUGAUAAAAUUCACACGUUCAUUGAUCACUUUGAAUUUGUCAUAUUUAAUUUGUCACAGCUUGCACAUAAAGUAAUACAUAUAUUUAAAUAAGUGUAAAAAA